AUGAAUGUCAUUCAACUUAGUGAUUUGGUUGCUUAUUUGAAAACAUUUAUUAUCGAAAUUUCACCAGAAUUUCAAUUGUUGAACAAUCUUAUUGAUACUAAAUUACCGACCAUGGUUGAUAUAUUACCAGCACAAUAUGGUGAUGAAAUGAAAGGCAGCAGUCAAGCAUUUGGAUUACCAUUGGAUGAAAUUGUUUUAUACAAUAUUUUUUAUGAAAUUUCAUCCUUAGUUCUCUUCAAAACGACGACCUUUCUCGGUUACAUUGGAUCAUUGACUGGUAUAAAACCAGGUAUAUUUAAUAUUUCAAUCAAUGAACGUAAUAGUCUUAAAUGUGGUUAUAUUGGCCUAAUUGAAUGGAUAUUUAAUAUUAAUCGUAAUCAAUCAUUUAUUACAUUUGUUAUUCGUGAUAUGCUCACAAAAUCUGAUAGUUAUGAUGAAACAGUAAAAUAUUUAGCUGACGUUUCACUAUUAGCUCCAUGCUAUUAUAUUAUUGCUGUGCCGAAAGCUGGACAAGUGAGAGCAUCUCAAACUAAUUAUGAUAAUUGGAAAAAACAACCAAUCUACGAUGAUCGUUUAACACCAUGCAUGAAAUGUAUGGAAGCAAAAGGCAAAAAUCAAGUUACAUUUCAGUCUUUAUUUAAUGUACUUUCUUCCCGACCUAUGCCAAAUAAAGAAACAGUAUAUAUAUCUUUGAUGGAGCCAGCAACAGGUCGACCUUGGUGA